AUAGCAUACAAGUCCAAGGCGAGGAAGCAUCAACAUUCUGAAAAAGGGAGGAAUAGAAUAAAGCAAACAGAAUUGCCUGAACCCCAUUUGAGGGGAUGCGUUAAAGCUUUCACAACAAAACAAUUUAAAGUAGGACAGGUAAUAUAGACUCAAGGAUUGAGUCAUGUAAGAUGUAACGCAAAACUUUUCAUCAAAUCCCACUUAAGGGAGAACAAGACUCCUAAUUUGGAAGAGAAAAUUUAUCAGCAAGAUUUAAUAAAAGCGUGCGGGGAAAGGGAACAAAAGAUAAUCGGUGAUGGCCAAUAAAGUGACGCCGGAUACUCACGGUGAGUUUGUUAAAGUAAAGAAGCCAGACCCAUCGUCGAAAAUAUCAGCGCUUCGGAAGCAUUAUGACGACAGGAAAUUAUCACUUGCGAAGGGCAGACGAGCAAGUCUUCCUUCAGUGAUGGCAAACAGUCAAGUUAGUCGUGAAGACAGCCUGGUCAUCGACCUCAAGAACUCAGCACGGGCAGGUCGCCGGAAUUCGCUGCCCACCAAGGAGUCCUUGUUCCUCGCAUCAGGGAGUGAUUUCGUAAAGAAGAUUUACCGCAGCGAAAAGGCGCUUAAAGAUGAGCAGAAGCGACAGCAGAACAUACGACGUUUUGUCAUUCAUCCUUUCAGCAAUUUCAGAUGGUAUUGGGAUCUAUUCAUGGUCUUUCUCCUACUCGUGACGCUGGUCCUCCUCCCCGUCAACGUCGCUUUCUUCAGCGACGACAUCACCAUGUACUGGGUCACCAUUAACUGCAUCUCCGACACUCUGUUUAUGGUCGACAUCACGCUCAACUUCUUCACCGGGGUCGUGGAGAACGCAGAGGAUACGGUGAUCUUAGACCGAAAAAAGAUCAUUAUCCGCUAUCUUCGUGGUUGGUUUCUUCUCGAUCUGAUAUCAUCAUUCCCGUUUGACUAUAUCUAUCUAUUCCUGAAGAAUGUAGACUUUAGGUCCCAUACUGCCCUUGCUUUAAGAAUUCUAAGAUUGACCAAAGUUCUGAGUUUGCUACGAUUGCUGCGAUUGUCUAGGCUGUUGAGAUAUAUCCAUCGUCUUGAAGAGCUACUAAACGUGGAGACUGCAGUGAUUAGGAUCGUUCAUCUUGUCUUUGUCAUGCUGCUUCUGAUGCACUGGAACGGUUGUAUCCAGUUCCUAGUCCCGUUCUUCCAGAACUUUCCACCGGACUGCUGGGUAGUUAUCAACGGUCUUGAGAACGCGGACAAAAUUGAGCAGUACUCAUGGUCAUUCUUUAAAGCGAUCUGUCACAUGAUCAGUAUCGGGUUCGGUCGUUUCCCGCCAAUGAACGUAACAGAGAUGUGGAUGACCACGUUCAGCAUCAUGCUCGGUGCAACAUUCUAUGCCCUCUUCAUCGGUACCAUGUCAUCGCUUCUCCUCGCCGUGGAUGCUUCUGGACGACUCUACAACGAGAGGCUGAAUCAAGUCAAGGAAUAUCUCCGAUAUCGUAAGGUUCCAAUGAAGACACAACGUCGGGUAUUGAGCUAUUACGAACACAGAUAUCAAAGAAAAUAUUUUAAUGAGAAGACGAUCCUACAAGAACAGUCACAUCCGAUACGAAGGGAAAUUUUACAGCACCACUUCAACAACUUCAUAACAAAGGUUAAUUUCCUCAAUGAGGCUGACCCUGAUUUCGCUUAUGAUGUCAUUGAGAAGCUGAGCUUCGAGGUAUUUCUUGAAGGUGACGUCAUAAUCAAGGCAGGUAGCUUGGGCGGGGCCAUGUACUUCAUCGAACAUGGCACAGUGGAAGUCUGGGUGGACGACCGAGUGGUUAACCGUCUCAGCGAUGGAGAUCAUUUUGGCGAGAUAUCACUGUUGAUUGAUGAGCGUCGAGUAGCCUCCAUCGUUGCAGCCACAACAUGUGAUGUAUUCUGCCUCUGUAGAGAAGACUUCAGCAAAGUUUUGAAGGAAUACCCCGAGAUGGGAGCUCGUAUGGCUGAGAUUGCCCAAGAACGGCUGAAUACCAUUGACUCUACACUUGAUACAGUAGCCGAGGAAGCAACAGGGAGUGAGAGUGAGACACCAAACGACAAUAACAACCAUGCUGGUCAAAAUGACAAAAAAGCCAAGAAGAAUGACUCCGCCACCCCUCAGAAGAAGGACAACAAACAAAAGAUUAAUGACUGGCUCAAAGAGAACUUUGCCCAGAAACUAUAAAAAUAUAAAUUUCUAUCACCCCAGAUGCCCUUAAAGAACUGUGUAAUGUAAUAUUUGGGGGGAGGAUUGAGCAGAUUAAUUCACCUUAUUAAUGAUGAAAUAUAAGAUAAUGGGGAAAAUAAAACAUCUUCCCAGAGAUACAUUGGCAUCAUAUGGGGUUCUGCUAAGAUAAACAGAUUGAAACAAAAGUUUCAAUAUUUUGAAGAAUAUGGAAAAGAUAUUUUGUAAACUGGAUUAAGUGUGUCAGGAAGGGCAAUUUCAAGCUUGUUAUCAAGCAUCGGUAAUCAUCAUACUUCAUGCAUAAUGUCUCAGUUCAGAUUGAUAGUACUCGAACAAAAAUAAUGAACAGUGCAAUAUAUAGUAUCAUUUAGAAACUUUUAUUAGAUUCAGAGACACAAUCCAUCCAGUAUACUUUAGUUUUUGAAUGCACAAUUUAGCAUAGCCUCUCUUCAGACUAUCCAAUACAUAAUGCAGAGACUGAAAUGUCAGCUCACUGCAAAGUUUUCAGACAUUUCUUUUUUUGUACAAUUAUAUCAUUAUUUACAGAUGUUCAAACAAACCCUGGCUUCAUCAGUGUUGAUUACCAGAAUAAAAUGCUCCAAUAAAUUUAUAGGUUAUAUUAUGAACCUUAAACCUCAAUUCUAUGAUUCUACACAGAGUUUAUUUCUUGUUGAAUGGUUUGAGAUUAUACACCAUUAUUAUAAUUCAAUGGAAAUAUGAAAACGUUUUAAGUGAAUGAUGCAUUGGGCAGAUAUGUCUUAUCUCUGCUUUCAUAUUCGCAAUUUGUUAUGUAAUGCAAAAUAAUACUGGAGUCUUCUACGUAACAGUAGACAAACGGCCAACAAAGCUUGAGCUCUGGGGCUAUAUUUCAUGAACCUGUUUCGGGUAUUAUUUUGUAGCCAUCCAAUUCAAAUGCAUGCUUACUGUAGCAAAUUUCUAUAGGUUGUCAAAAAAGUAUUGCUGCUGACACUUGCAUGUUUGGUUCCUGCAUUGACACAAUUUGAUCAUGCAAAUUCAUGACGAUGCAAAGUGCGUCAGUGAUUAGUCCCAACUAGUUUAUUUGGGUCAUGAUAUCAGAAGUUUGUUAUAGCCAAACCGUGCAUGUAUAUGUUUUUUAGCUGAACAAUUAUGAACUAUCCGUACCAUGGCACGAUUUGGCCCAACAAAGUUGUUCAC